AUGGCUCAAAGAAAUUUAAUUGUUUCUAUCCAUUCCGAAGGGUCACUUUUCACAGAUUCAAGUGAGGGAUUCUCAUUUUGCAAUACGAAUUUAACUAUGUUCAAAAUCCACAUCAACUCCGACUUUCAUCAUUUAAAAGACCGUAUUGAAAAGAAGUUGCAACGUUAUGUUGAAGACAUCAUUUAUCGUCAACCAUUAUUUAAUGGAGAUGAUAAUACCGUCUUUCACAUAAUGACACUGAUUAAGACCGACGAAGAUGUCAGGUCGAUGUUUCAAUGUCAUGUAACAUUAUCUCAAUUACCCAGCAUUGAGAUAUAUGUUCGUCUAGUCGAUAAUCUUGAAGAACAACCGAGUGACAAUGAAGAUGUUGAGGAACAACCGUCUCACAACGAAAAUCACGAUUAUCCAACGCAAUCUGUACAGUCACACGACUAUGGAAUGAGUCAAGCCAUUGACGAAGAGCCGACUCAAAAUAAUGAACCUUUCAUACCAAAUGAAGAGGUGGGUGAGAAUAGUGAGGAUGAUCUUGAGGAGGUUCGAUUUGAAGAUCUAUUCGGUGUUAGCGAUGACGAUGGCAAUGAGGAAAUAUUCGACACACCGGCCGUUGCACUAAGAGCGCAACCAAUUAGUUUGUACAACCCACCUGCGCACAUGCAAAACAUAAGUUUGGAUGAUGCCGAACCAAUCUCCGUUUUCAGCAGUUUCAUACCAACUCACAACUUUGACGAAAUAGAGGAGGGCAUAGAGUAUGAAGAUAAGGAAGAGUGUCUUCUGGCGUUGCAACAAUGGCAUAUAAAACGUAGUCUAGAUUUUUCUGUGGUUAAAUCUGACAGUGUACGUUUUGUCAUCAAAUGUAGAAAUUCAACAUGCAAUUUCAAAUGCAGGGUCUCUUUGCGCAAGGGCAACUCAAGGUGGAGAGUUGGUAAGUCUAGUGGGCCUCAUACAUGCAUAACCACUUCCAUGUCACAAGACCAUACAAAACUCAGUUCAGAAAUGAUUAGCAAGAGCAUAAUGGAGCUUGUAAAUCGGGACGCUUCUCUUAAGGUGAAGGUUAUCAUCGCUCAUGUUAUUAAGAAAUACCGGUAUAUCAUAUCAUACAAAAAGGCAUGGAUUGCAAAGUGUAAGGCAAUUGAGUCGCUGUAUGGAAAUUGGGAGACAUCUUACAACGAUCUUCCGCAGUGGAUACUGGUAAUGAAAACAUAUCUACCAGGUACCAUUAUAGAAUUACAAACCCUACCUGUGAUUUCAAAUGAUGGUUCAUACUUGGGUGACCAAAGGAUAUUUCAUCGUCUGUUUUGGGCGUUUAGACCAUGUAUACGUGGCUUCGCGUAUUGUAAACCAAUUGUGCAGGUUGAUGGAACUUGGUUGUAUGGCAAGUACAGAGGGACUCUGCUGAUGGCUGUGGCACAGGAUGGGAACGGGAACGGGAACAUAUUUCCGAUAGCGUUCGCAUUGGUUGAAAGUGAGACAAAGGAAGCCUGGAGUUUCUUUCUUAAGAAUUUGAGAAUGCAUGUUACCCCCCAAGCAAAUCUAUGCCUAAUAUCAGACAGGCAUGAAUCAAUAAAGAGUGCAUACAACAACCCGGAAAAUGGAUGGCAGUUUCCUCCUUCAUCACACGUCUAUUGCAUUAGACAUAUCGCGCAAAACUUCAUGCGGGAGAUUAAAGACAAGGAUCUGCGGAAAAUAGUUGUUAACAUGGGUUAUGCGUUAACAGAGGCAACGUUUAACUACUAUCGGGGGGAAAUCCGAAGAACAAACAACGAUACUUUAUCAUGGAUAGACAACAUCCCUUGCGAGAAGUGGGCAAGGGCAUUUGACGGAGGGCAACGCUGGGGUCACAUGACAACUAACCUAGCAGAAACAAUGAACUCGGUGCUAAAAGAAACCCGGAACCUUCCAAUCACUGCAUUGGUCAAAUCUACGUACUAUCGUUUAGGAUCACUAUUUGGUAGAAGAGGCCAUCAGUGGACAAAAAUGUUAGCCUCUGGGCAGGUUUUCACUGAUAACUGCAACAAGGGGAUGGCUGAGGAAGUCAUCAAAGCUAACACGCAUAACGUCAUGCAGUUCGACCGAGAGAGAUUUUAUUUCAUGGUGCAAGAGAAGAUUAAUCAUAACGACGAUCGACCAACCGGAACGUUCAGCGUUGAUAUGAGGAAACAACACUGUGACUGUGGGAAAUUUCAGGCAUUUCACUUACCUUGCUCCCAUGUAAUCGCAGCAUGUUCGAGCAUACGCCAGGACUAUUCCAUUCACAUUCCAGACGUCUUCAAAAUUCUUAACGUCUUCAAGGUCUAUCAGGAGAGUUUCCUAGGACUUCCCUAUGAGGAGAAUUGGCCAUAA